GUUUCAAUCUCAUUUUUCGUAGUUGUGGCCGACAGUCAACUUGUUCCCUCGAUUUGGAGGUUUACCUUGAUCUACAUACUCUACAAGCUACAAGAGUCCCUUGUCCUUGAACUGGAGGUACAGAUGGAGAAGGAUAUGGAGGCGGAAGUAGAGGUGAGUUUGGAGGAGAGACAGAGGGAUGUAGAAGUCCAUUUGGAGGAGAGACAGAGAGAUGUAGAGGUGCAUUUUGAGGGGGUACAGAGAGAUGUAGAGGUGCAUUUGGAGGGGGUACAGAGAGUAGUAGAGGUGCAUUUGGCGGAAAUACAAAGAUAUGUAGAGGUGCAUUUGGAGGCGGUACAGAGAGCUGUUGAGGUGUAUUUGGAGGGGGUACAUAGAGAUGUAGAGAUGAAUUUGGAGGGGGUACAGAGAGUAGUAGAGGUGCAUUUGGCGGAAAUACAAAGAUGUGUAGAGGUGCAUUUGGAGGCGGUACAGAGACAUGUAGAGUUGCAUUUUGAGGGGGUACAUAGAAAUGUAGAGGUGCAUUUGGCAGGAGAGAGGGAGAUAUAGGUGGAGUUGCAUUUGAAGGGAGAGCGAUAGUUGGUGGUGGAUAUGGAGGUAUCGCGUUUUCAGGUAUCUUCAGGACAAUCUAAGUGUUAUCUGCUUUUGCCAGUUCAUAUCAUUGCAAGCAAAAGACUCUUAGCCAUUCUAUGAUUGUGUUUCUGUGACUGUGAAAUAGCCCUAUUGUACACAGAUAUACCAUGCCACUUAGUAUAUUUCUACCCUACAUCCAGACAUUGUAAACACACUAAACCACCCUGUAAAUUCAUAAUGUGUUUCUCUAAAACUAAAAGUAUUCUGUUUUCUGUGAAUUGUAAAGCUUCGUCAUUAGUUUGUGUUGUUCCAUUGUUGAAACGGAUGUUUUUAAUAAAGAAUUAAGAUUGUUGAUAGAUAUUGAUCAUGGAACCGUAAAGAAACAGGAUAUUUCAACAGAUUUAAAAGAUUUAAAUAGUCAUUAUUGUGUCAGCUUGAUUUAGUUGUUUAUGACGA